AUCUUUUAAAUAAAUGAAAAAAUAAUAUUAUUGGGAAAACAACACCGAAACAUAUGAAUUAUGUUUUUCUAAGAAGAUAAAAAGAGGUAUAAAUAGUCGAUAAUUCGAGGUGAAAAUUAUCAGAGUCCUGAGCUUUGCCUUAACCGAACAUUAGCACCAAAAAAAUAGCAAAAUGCGUUUCGCGUUCUUCUUCUUGAUGCUGGCUGUCAUGACUGUCUAUGUGUCAGCUAAUUGUGGAACUCCUAAGCCUUGUAGACAAUGCGGCGGUGGCGGUACAAAACCAAGCGGCGGUGGCGGUACAAAACCAAGCGGCGGUGGUGGUACAAAACCAAGCGGCGGUGGUGGCGGAACACAAAGCGGUGGCGGCGUAAUACCAAGCAACGUUGGCGACCGUAACAGCAUAACAAAUCUUGACGCAUCCAACGACGGAUCCGCAGGAUUACUUAAAGCUACUGCUUUAGCAAACAAAAGUCCACAAAGUACCAUAGUUAGUGGUGACAGCGACAAUAAUACUAUAACCCACAGACAAGCAGUCGUCGACAUAAGUGACGCUCGUAUAUUAAAUGACCUUCACAUCGGAGUAAUAUAAAAAACUAUGCAGCACAAAACAGAAUAUGCAUUACUUGAAGAGAUAAAUACAUUAAAAAAGUAUUUCUUACCCAACAUCAACCGAAAAAUUUAUUUCAACAAAUAAAAUUUUAAGAUAAAAAAAAAAAUUAUUAAUUUUAUUCGAUUAUAAAAAUCAAUUUAUAUCAAAUAAAAAUAUCAUCUCUAA